UUGGAGAAAAUCGAGUCGAGUUCGCAAAAUGGCAGGACCAGAAAUCAGCCCAGCUGCCAUUGUUAGCCAUCACAAAGCUUUUAGAGCAGUGUUAGAUUGGAAGAAAGAUUCACUUCAAGUCCUCCGCGAAUACUUGAUCAGGUGGCAACGCAGCGGUCUGGCUCAUGUCGACGUGCACGGCAACACGAUUCUCCAUUUUCUGGCCAUCGACGGCAAUGCAUCGGCUUUCAAACAACUCUUUGAAGACGGCCUGUUGACCAGCGAAAUGCUGAAGAAAGGGAACUUGAGAGGCGACACGACCUUGCACGAAGCCGCGAGGUUUGGGCGAUGCAAUGUCGUAGAAAUCAUGUUGGACAAGGAUGAAGGCUUGGCUUUGGCACGCAAUAGUUUGGGCGAGACGCCGCUUUACGUUGCCGUUGCAUCAGGGAAGAAAGAUUUGUUCGAUUUAUUAAAGGGGAAACUAAACGAGGACAACGUAACAAGAAGGAGAAAUGACGGCUGCACUCUCCUUCACGCCGCGGUCGUCGGAGAAUAUUAUAGACUAGCAUUUGAGAUAGUGAAAUCAUUUCCAUAUCUUGCUCAAGCACAAGACGAGAAAGGAUUAACUGCACUGAAUCUGCUAGCCAGCAAACCUCUUUCCUUUAAAAGCGGGUCAGCAUAUUCAUUCAUAAAUCUUGGAAGUAGAUCUUUCAUCCCGGUCCAACUUAUUCGCUGUUUGAUCUAUCUUUGCAUUCCACCAAUGGAUAAUAGAACCAAGUCCAGUACAGAUACGGAAGAUCCUCAAAAUCAAUCGGAUAUCCCACAACCAAAAACGUCUUUGUGGCUAACCAAACUAACAUCGGGGUACAGAAGAGUGCUUAGAGUUUCCAAGUUGCUUAGAGGAGUUGAUGAUAUAAAGCAAAACCAUGCAUUGGCAGUAUUGCUAGCCAAAAUAUUAAUUGGAGAUGAAGAAGAUUGGAGCCGUUACACUUACGGUGAAAGUACAAUGGAACCAUGUAAAGAUCAUGGGCAAAUGAAUGACUCAGUUUCUCUACAACGGCCUAAUUUGGAUUCUACAAUUGUUUCACCCAAAAAUAAUAGAAUGAGAAAUCCGCUAAUUCAGGCGGUAGAAAACAGCAUUGAAGAGUUGGUAGAGGAAAUACUAGAAAAAUUCCCAGAUGCAGCCUAUACAGUGGACAAGAAUGGAAAAAACAUACUGCAUAUAGCAGUGGAGAAGAAAGAUAAAAGACUAUAUGACUACUUGAAGACAAAAGUUCACAAGGAUGUGAUGCUAACGGCCAUUGACAACCAGGGAAACAGCAUUCUGCAUCUUGCAACAAAACAAGGAAAUUGUCCUAGAAUUGUUCUUGGACAUCUGAACCAGAUGGCGUGGGACGUAUGCUGGUUUAAGCGGAUCUGGUAUGAUUCUCCCCCUCAUUUCCAAUACCACCGCAACUUUGUUGGGAAGACAGCAAGUGAACUGUUUCAAGAAAACCAUGUCAGCUUACGAGAAAACGCUGAGAAGGCACUCAAAGAUAUGAAUAGUGGGUUGAUGUUGGUUGCUACUCUUAUUGGCACUGUCAACUAUGCCACAUUGUUUACCAUCCCUGGAGGUUUUGUUGAUGAUAAAAAUAGCGCAAGUUUUGGUCGUCCAAAGUUUUUUAGCACCAAGAAAGAAGAUCAAGUUUUGUCAUUCUUGUGGUACACUGGGGUAGCUCUAUUUAGCUCUCUAAUUGCCUUGACUGCCAUGCUUUUGAUUCAGUUGUCGAGGUUUACCAACGACGACUUCUUCAUGACCUUGCCAGUGAGAUACCUCGGUUCUCUGGCUGCCCUAUUUGUCUCCACCAUCUUCACAAUUGCAGCUUGUGCUGAGACCUACCUUAUUAUCGAAAUAAAUGUCAACCCAUACCAGGCAAUGUGGCCAGCCAUAGGUUUCUUAAUCCUUAUUUCAAUAGAUGUAGUGUACCUGACUUUUCAUUACCUGUAUUUUGCUUUUCGUUGUUCUGUUUCAUUUACUGGCCAAGAAAUGUAGCAUACAUCUAAGCCUUUUCAUUUUCUUUUUCAUUAUUCUAAAUUCUAGCUUCGAAUUGCAUCAUUGUUGAUGGGCCUUUGAAUUCGAUCUUGGAUAGCAUUAAUUUCUUGAAAAA